GCAGACGUACGUUUGUCUUUCAAGAGGAAGCGGACGAGAGGCGGAUUGCAUACCGUUGUAAAGCAAACCACAGGACCAUGGCCGAGAAUAAGAUGGGUCCGAACUUGCAGGCCGGUGCUGGAUUCCUCGCGAAAAGGGUCCAGAAGUCAUUGAAUCGCGCACAAGAGAAGGUCCUUCAAAAACUGGGAAAAACCAUGGAGACCAAGGAUGAACAUUUUGAGGUUUGCUCGCAGAACCUCAACAGACAACAGAUUGAUGGGAGUAGGCUGGUUAAAGAUGUAAAGACCUACUAUGGUGCAGUGAAAGCUGUGCAUGAGACGUCUAAGCGGCUGUCGCAGACGUUGCGAGAUGUCUACGAGUCUGACUGGGAUGGAGUGGAGGACCUUGCUAUCAUUAUAGAAAGUGAAGAUUUACUGUGGAACGACUUUGAGGAGAAAAUGAAUGAUCAGAUUGUGCGCACCAUGGAAAACUAUACGAGCCAAUUUCCAGAGGUCAAGGAAAGAGUCGCUAAACGUGGUAGAAAGCUGGUCGACUAUGAUUCGUCACGUCACCACCUGGAAGCGCUGCAGAGUGCCAAGAAAAAGGAUGAUGCUAAAAUUGCUAAGGCUGAGGAGGAGUUCAACAAAGCCCAGAAUGUCUUUGAAGAGAUAAAUCAUGAGCUGAGGGAGGAGUUGCCUGUUCUCUAUCAGAGCCGCAUUGGUUGCUAUGUGACAGUGUUCCAAAACCUAUCAAAUCUGAGAGAUGUUUUCUAUAAAGAAAUGAGUGUGCUUAACAGGGAUUUGUACAAUGUGAUGAAGAAACUAGAAAAUCAACACUCUGGAAACGAUUUCAUCAUAAAGGGUCUGAGCAGCACCACAGCGAAGUCAAAGAAGAGAAAGUCCUUGGUCAUCUCAAAUCCAAUCCCAUGCAACACAGCUUUCCCAACUGAUCACAUCUCCAUCCAUUCCUCAACCCAAAAUGGGAAAAAUGCUUCACCCUCCUCUCCUGAUCCACAAAAUCCCAGCAACUCAGGCGAAAUCAGUAUAGUAGAGGAUAGUGGCAUCCAUACCAAAACUGGGCUCUCUUCAGACUCUGACCUUAGCUCCUGUGGUACCAAUACACCCAGUAGGCGGUCGGUGUGUGUGAGCGAGCCCGGCGACAGGAGCACAAGUGAAAGUCUAGAUGAGGUGGAGGUGGAAGCCGAACUAUCAACAAAUCAGUCUGAUGACUUUGGUAGCCCCAAAUCUGAGGUUGCAAGUCAAGAAACAUCCGGCCCCUCUGAUUGUGCAGGUGAUGCACCAGACAUUCCUGAGCAGGAUGACAAUGAAAGUGAAACGCCAUCAGAGGAAGCCAAGACCAAAAGUGCACCAGUUCCUGCCCCUCGUGUAUCAUUCCGCUCUGAGAAAUGUCCUCUUCUGCCCGCUAAGGAAGAACAGGAGGAGGUAGAAGGAGCAUCUGACAUCAAAGAGACGGCUUGGUCAGGAGAUGACUGUGAUAGCCACUAUCCACCUGGGUUUCUCUACAAGGGGGUGGCGCUAAAGAGCCAUGCAGCAUCUGAAGGUGGCCAACUCCAAUUUGAAGAAGGAGAUAUAAUCCUGGUGUUGGCUGACACCCAGGAAGGUCUGUUGAAAGGGGUCAGGGAGGAGAAUUGGCAACUGCACAGAGAUCUAGAAAACCAUGCUGGGACUUUCUCAGAAGACUUCAUUGGGCCUGUACAGGCAGAGUGAGGCAACAUUCACUCCUUCCUCCCAUGAGGAAUUGCUGACUCACACAAACACACACAUGCACAUGUUCCAGUUCACAUCCAAAUGGUCCAAAUUGUUUUGGGUGUGGAACCUGCACAAACAAAUCUAAGUCCUUUGUGGAUACUCACAUGUUUUGAUGUUGCAACUUGUGGAACAAAAUGAACUGAGCGGUUGAACUGAAUUUUAUAGAAUUUGGAUAACUAAAGCUAACCUUUUAAUAGUAUUUUCAGUAUUUUUUUUAAUGAAAGUUUUUUUUUUUUUGUAAUGCAGUUUGUAUGUGUCAAUAAAG